GUUUGACCCAUUAAUUGAAGCUGCGGGAGAAGUUCUUCGAGGACAAUAGGCAUUUCAUACCUAAACGAAACGCUUGGAGCCGUGUUCAAUCGCGCGCUGUUCCUUAUUUGCAACCCCAAAGACGACAAAUGCAGCAGGGAAAGUACACGACGCAGCGAAGAUACUACUCCAAUGCGCCAUACACGGGGCCCAACUUUUGCGGUUACCAAAUGAUCGGAGACGACUUUUUCCUUUCGCUUGCUAGAUGGGAAUUGGGAUUUGCGUUUGACCCAGGACAUGCCAUCCAAAAAAGUGGCCUUUGCAUAUCCGGCUUGACGAUCGCGGAAGCGGCGAACCGUGUGCUGAAGGCCACUAACAUUAACGAUCGGGUCAUAGUUAACGUUGGCGCGGUGGAUCUCUUGCACGGGUAUGAAUUCGUCGAUAUGAAAAAUGAUUUAUUUCAAUUGAUGAAAAACUUGGCGCUCCGUGGUGCAUCCGUGAUACUGACCACGGUAUCUCCGAUAGCCAACUGCUCCCACAUACGGGGCAUAACGGAUCGACUAGAACAAUUCAAUGACCUUAUUCGCGAACAGCGGAAUAGCAUAGACCUGUGGCAGUGUUUUGUCAACGAGAAAAAGAACACCUUGUAUGAGUGCUUCCAACCAGGACCAAGAUAUGUUAGUGGCAGUAAUCAGCCGCACGUGCUCUGGAACAAACUCGGACGUCAACGGAUUAUUAAAUUUCUGAAGCAACAUCUCGCAGAAUUUGUUUAGGAUCCUAACAUAAUGUUCUAGCGUACUCACUUAUUUUAAUUUGUAUUAGGUGUUGUAAUUCGUAAAUUGUAGUUUUUGUAAUUGUGAUGUUGUUUGUGUACUGUUAGACAUCUUUUUCAUGUAAAUGUCUCAAUCGUAGCUGGUAUUGAGAUCGACCUAGCUUAGAUUUAUUUCAAGGAAAAUAUUUUCGAUACCCGGUGCAUUGAAAAUAGUUUCCUUGCAUAAAACUCAUUCGAUUGAUUUCUUUUUUACCGGAUAAAGAAAUCAACUGAAUGCAGUUUUGAUGAACCCAUAACUGCCAACAUCUUCACAAAGAAUCGCAGGCGAAUAUCUAAUUGACUUUGUUGGCUUCCAAUUUACUCCACUGGGUGACCGGUUCCCACUGGAUGCUAAGCAGGAUGUUAUGUUAAAUCUAUAGAUUAUGCUUGAUCACAACACCACAACGACAUCAGUAAUCGUCAGAGCUCAAACAAUUUAUACUAUUGUAGAUCUACUAUUUUUAAGCUGAAAAAGAUUAUAUAUUUACAAAUUUGGAAAUGCUCAGGAUGAUGCAAACGUGAUAUGAGUAAAUGUUUUGUAUUUGUUAUAUGUAAUUUCAAUAAAAUUGUAUGUUAAAUGUCGUAAA